AAGUUUAAUUCAAGGGUCAGUUUUGUACACGCGCCCUCUCUCUCUCUCUCUCUCUCUCUCUCUCUCUCUCUCUCUCAUUAACAGUAACAAUGGCAAUGGGAGCUCAAGCUGCUGAGACGAUCCGCACAGACGUGCUUUUCGAAGCUAGAGAAGCCUGUUACAAGGCUCGCGAUGCAUUUUACGCGUGUUUAGAGAAAGAAUCAGACAAGAAACCAACAGAAAUCGCGUCAGUUGGAUUGCUCUACCCUGUCGAAUGUAAAAACCCUAGAACUCGAUAUGUUAAUCUGUGCCGACCUACUUGGGUGAAGCAUUUCGAUAGGCAGUAUUGUGCUAAAAAGAAGGUUAAGAGGCUAUUGGAUGAUAAUGAUUCGCGGAGAGAGUAAGCUUGGACCCUGAGGAAGAGGGCCUUGGUUGAUUGCUGUAGGUAACUUUAGGUGAAACCAAGGAUUUCUUGUGAUUUUUGUAAGGCUUCCAGUAACAUUGAGGGACGUCUACUUUUGAAGUUGUGAGAGUAUUAAAAAUGUGUCUGUUUAAUACGUGAGGAGUGCUUGGACAUAUGAGUGAAAACUGAAAACUAAAUAUGUAGACUUAGUAAGUUCAUUAUGUUGUAUAAUAUACUCAUUUUUCUUUCC